CGUAAAUGUUACUUUCAUAUAUGUCUCACACUAUUUCAUAAUUUCAAGAGCAAAAUAGUUUGUCAUUAUCGUCGGAGACGCCUUGUGUACCUGUCCUUGAAGAAGCGGUAUACUCGAACAUGCAGGACCUGCCACCCGUAGAAUACACUGGAACCACCAUCGCUUUGACCCAACUGCAGGGAUAUGUGAUGUCAAAAAGUGCGGAGGAGAAUUAUUUUAUCGUGGAAUUUAAGAUAAUCCCCUAUGGUUUGCAACACCCAAAUACUGCUGCAACGGCGACAAUGAAUGCGGGGAAGAACCGAUACAAAGAUACGUAUGCCUAUGACCACUCUCGUGUUGUGCUUAACACUGUAGAUGGGAACGAAGGCAGUGAUUACAUCAAUGCUUGCUUCAUCGAGGGUUUCAACAAGAAGCGAGCUUACAUUGCAUCACAAGGCCCAACGGAGACCAUGAUGGAUGACUUCUGGCGCAUGAUUUGGCAAUAUGACAUAUCUACCGUAGUCAUGGUAACGAACCUCGUAGAAAUGGGAAAAAUGAAAUGUUUGCGGUACUGGCCACUUGAAGUUGGUUCCCAGAAAGAUUUCCAAGCAAUCACAACAACUUUUAUCUUUAUGGAGGAGUUCACAGACUAUACAGUUCGGAAGCUUAAAUUGUCACACAAGGACAAACCAAGUGUCUCGCGUGUGGUAACCAACUUUCAUUACACGGCAUGGCCCGACAAAGAUGUGCCCGCUAGCACUUCGAGCCUCUUGCACUUCUGGCGUAGGGUCAGGGCCCACGAUCCCGACAAGUAGCAACCAUGGGUCGUUCAUUGCAGCGCCGGUGUUGGUCGGACGGGCACAUUCAUCGCCAUGGACAUACUUAUAGACGAGGGUCAGACAAGACAGACUGUCGAUAUCUACGCCUGUGUGACCAAGUUGAGAAGGCAGCGAGUUAACAUGGUUCAAACAGC